GUCGCGUGGAAGCUCAAGGGCAACCCGCUCGACCCGGGGACCUGGAGCAACCCUCCACCAACAACGGACAUCGCCUGCGGACGGGAUGGCUCCGGGUUUGUCUGCAAGCUGCCCUUUACUACCAUUCUGGGAGUAUCUAGUACUACCCCGAUCAAGGAUGUCAUGGCAGGAAUGUGCCCCAAUGGCGACCGGGAGGGCCUCGACUUCUACCUGGCCUUCUUCGGCCAGGUCGAAUCAGUCGACCCGAGCACUGGAGCUGUAACCACUACUACUUUCAAGAGCCUGCCUCCUUGCACGGCCCGGGACGCCAGCGGUCAGUGCACAUCGUACGCUACCACUCCGGACUACUUGGAGAUGAUGUACCGCUGCACCAAAUGCGCAGCGGCGCCAUGCAAGACAACCACAACCACGACCACGAAAUCGACGUCAACGUCGACUUCCUCAUCGUCAUCGCCGACCACAACCCACACCAAGAUCUGCAGCUUCGGUACGGCCUUUGGCUACGAGAAGCCGUCCGGGAGCAUCAAGAAAUCUCUAACGCUGGACACCCAGCCCGGCCAAGGCUGCAACCGCUGGGGCUGGUACGAGACGCCCACACUGGCGGACCUGCAGGGCAGCGGCAUCGGGGGACCCUUGUACGUCGGCGCGGGGGGCAAUGACAUUGCCAAGGCCGUCGCCGUGGGAGCCUGGCUGGCAAAGGCCAACUCGGAGGGCAAAGUCGCCGUCGGCUGGGCCCUCGUCGAGGGUUACAACCUCGCAGAGGCCAAUGUCCAUUUCGACUGCCUGCCCCUGAGCAAGUGCGCGCCGGGCUCGUACACGUGCACCUCGGGUCCCCUCACCUCCAGGGACACGCGGUACUGGGCGGUCACGACGCUCGUGUAUCCAAGGUGUCCCAGUGGGAGCAGGGCGGCGCUUGUGGUCCAUGCCUCGGUCAAUGUCAAGACCACGGAUAAGAUCUGCCCGGCGCCAAAGGCGAGCUGAGAGUGAUGUAUAUGCUGGGGAGGCGUGGUGUAUUGGGCAGGUGUCUAAUGCGUGACGAUUAGCGGGUGUUAGCACGUCAAGUAGCUUAGAUUGGACUAGAUGCCCUGCUGUCAAGCAGACAGGGCUUGGAUGUACUGGUCACUCCGAGCAAUCCCCAUCCAUUCUGAAAAGUUGUCUGGAGAAGAACAGUCUAGAGAAAAUUCGUUGAGAAAUCGAAACAAGAUCAGGAGGUUAUGCAAUACAGAAUGCCAUAAG